AUGAUAUCAGUUAUGCAUGCCGAGAGGCUUAUACGACAUGGGUGUGAAGCCUAUUUUACAUUUGUGACCAUGAUAGCUGAGGAGAAUAAGGAGUUGGCUGCCUAUCCUGUGGUGCGAGACUUUCCAGAUGUUUUCCCAAAUGAGUUGACGGGACUACCACCGCACCGGGAGAUUGACUUUGCAGUCAAUCUGAUACCAGUGUUUAUGGAUCUGAUGAACAGGGUGUUCAAGGAAUAUCUGGAUUCCUUUAUCAUAGUUUUUAUUGACGACAUCUUAGUCUACUCACCGAGCCCUGAGAUACACGAGGUGCAUCUGAGCAUUGUUCUGCAAAAGCUCAGAGAGAAGCAGUUGUAUGCCAAGUUUUUCUAA